GACGUCUCAGAGCUGGAAAAAUUGAUGAGGUCAACCUGCUGCUUGGCAAAUACCUUGAGGAAAAGAAAGGUCUGGAAGAGAUGCUGAGUGAGUCGCAGGAUGUACAGAGAAGGAGGAUGGAGGCACGGAUGGAGAGGCGGAGACAACUACGAGAAAGAAAGACAUGAUAAGGGCAUGGCUGCAGAUGAAGAACUUCUUGACAGCAUCUUGGAGGAAGAAGAGGAAAAGAGUUCAGAGAAAAAAAAGGUACCGAAUAUCCUUGAGACACUGGAGGUUCAGUAUGAGGAGGAAAGGGCUGCUUUACUGGCUCUCCUUGGAGCACAGGAAGACCAGAUGCAGCAGGAGCGGAAAAAGCAGGCAGCUAUUGCAAAACUUCGGCGUGAUCAGAAGCUUCUGCAGAAAGAGGAUGAUCUGGAUUCUGCCUGCCUUGUUUUCAGUAUUGGGCAGCAAGCAAUGAGUGACCAUGAAAAUAGUUUCACACGUGAACGUGAACGGCAAAAACAGCUGGCUCAAGAUCGACUGAAUGCUCUCAGGAAAAGAGAGAAGGGAAAACACCUGGAAGAGGAUUUAGAGGGUCUCACAGAAGUGCUGGAAAAUGAGAAGCUAACAAACAGAAUUGACACAGGAGUAGAGCAGCAGUUGUUAGGGGACAUGGAUGAGCGUCACAGGGAGGAGAGGGAGGUUCUUGCACAACUGCUACAGGCUGCGUCAACCGACACGCCCACUCAGAAAAGUGCUAAGAAACAUAAGAUUGUUCAGGAGCUGAAAAAGCAGUUAGCUAGUCUCCAGCAAGAACACAGCAAGUGGCUGAACAAAAGCCGUCAAGCAGUACUAAGUGAAGGCCAGUCCACCUCACGAGACACAGCAAAAAGAAGAAGUGAACAGUUCCAGCUCCUGAAGAAGGCCCUGAUAUACAGACUAGAAGUGGAGAGAAGACUUGCACAGGACACGCCCUCAGAUGACCAACUUGAUGUCCAGAUUCUCACUGACUUGCAGCAGAAGCAAACUAGGGAUGCUCAUGUGACUGCUUCACUGAUGACUAAUAAGGAUGAGGAUGUACUGGAGAAGCUUGUGAAGAUGCAAGGAUUUGCGCGGAGGGAAGGAUGGUAUGACAAUCUUACUGCCGUCUUGUUUACAGUCAGUGAUGACCAGCCAGUGGACCCUACAGAGGACUCAGCUGAAAUUCCAGACAUUAGCGAGAUAGAACGACAAAUGGAGAAGGAGUUUGACAGGGAGAAGGAAGAAGCCCUUGAAGCUGGUUUCAUAAAGCCAAAGUUGUCAUUAUCAGCACUGGUAGAGGGUCAGAAUGUUGAUACAGCAGCCAUCCUUCAACAACUGGAGGCAGACCAGGCCAUGAGGAGGCAGGCCAUUCUAGAGCAGCAUGCACGACAGAGACAGGAGAUGGAACAGAAGCUUUCAGCUCGUAGAGAAGCCAGCACAAACAGGGAGUUUGAAGCAGCCACUGCAGUACAGCUCCUCAAGAUGGCUGAGAACCAGUCCAAGGCAGUCAAUGACAAGGUGCACUCGGAGAAGGACAGACAGGGCAGUUUGCUGCAGGAAAAGUUGGCUGCCAGGCGACGAAGUCGCAAACGUUUGGCUUCAGUGGAGGAAGAGCCCAAACAAGACCCAGCUAUUAUGCCAUCUCUUGUUCGAUCAGGAAGCUUGAAGCGUGAGAAAUCUACAGUGGGAGUGGAGGUUAGUGAGGAUGACAGACAGGCUAUGACGCGCCAACUGGUUCGGCAACAGGAGAACCUGAAGAAGAAAAUGGUGGAGGAACAAGAGAGACAAGAGCAGAUGGUUAAACAUCGCCUGGAGCAGAAGCGUGGCAAGUUAAAGAAUGAAGCAGCAGAGUUAUACAGUCUUGGAGAGAGACAGAAAACUAUCUUGGAGAAGUCUCAGAAGGAUGAGCGGGACCGCCAGCUGGCCCUGAUGGUGGAGAGGAAGAACCGAGUGUUGUAUGAACGCACCAGGACACAGCGCAGCGCCACCUCUCCUGACAGUAGUGGUUUUGAGAAUAUUGUCAAGAAUGAAGGACUUAAUCUGACCACUGAUGAGAAAAUGGAACUGGCAGCACAGCAGCUACAAGAAAAGUUUCAAAGAGAGGCUGAAACUCACGUGGGUUCAGGCAGUGUACUUCUGGGUGAGGAGGCCAGGUUUGAGCAGCUGAAGGCCCGGGAGACGUCGGAAGAAAGGCGACGACCAAACACAGUAACAACACCAUGUUCAUAUGUGGACUUAAUGUGGCGGAAGAGAGACCACUCAGACUGUGACAUAACAUGUGUGUAAUGUUCCUGUAGUUGGAUAUAUAUUCAAACUUAUCUUCAUCGUGUAUUAUUGCAAUUUCCACAUUUUUCCGUUAUAUUUGCUUGUAUAUGAUGUUACUUGUUGACGGGGAGUAACAGGUGUACUCCACUGUAAACAGACCUAAUGGGUGAUGGUGUAUUCAUGUGAGAUUACUGUUUUCAUACAAAGAUUUGCAAUUGUUUCUGGUGCAGGGAAUGUUGUUACAUGUACCCAGUGACACAGUGUAUACAGGUAUACUGAUUGACUAGGAUGAAACAUAACAUCUCUUGUAUCUCUUUGCAGAAAGUCAGUAAUAGAUCAAUAUUUCCAAGUAUUGUUCUUUUUCUUCAAAAUGUUGGCAGCAGUAAAGUUUGUCUCAUCAUUUAACAUAUUGUGAUCUGUUGUCGUACAGUUUAGUUUAAGCACAAUGUUUUGCAGGCUGAAACAUGAAAGUUUAGAGGAACCUAUUCAAUUGAAUACCAAGGCCCUGAAAUUAGGGCUGCAAGAUGUCAUUUUCUUAAAAAGUCAUAUUUUGAUUAUAUGCUUUUUCUAUAGCGAGUCAUACCAUUGUUUCAGAUAUAGUUAUGAUGUAUUUUGGACUGUAAUAUGUUAACAAUGUUUCAUGAACAAUCAUGUUUUUUAUUAUGUAUUUAGCCAUGAGAUACAAUAUUUAUUUGAAAAGUAUAAUCAGUAUUUACCUUGAUUGAAAUGGCAUUUAUGUAGGAGCUCAGUUCAGUCUGCCUCAUUGACAAAAUAUCAUCAGUCGGUGAAAUCAGUCCACACGUCUUGUCUUGUCAAGUGGUGUAUCUCAUCUCGUGGCGGUUCGAAUCCCCGCAUGGGUACAAUGAGUGAAGCCCAUUUCUGGUGUCCCCAGCCGUGAUAUUGCUGGAAUAUUGCUAAAAGCGGCGUAAAACCAAACUCAGUCAGUCAGUCAUCUCGUGGCCCCCACAUGUUGGCGUUUUACACCAGAGGCUGCACCACUCAUGAAGAUACCACUUAAUGAGAACAUGAUAAAAUAGCAGAACAAUGCAUGAUGAAGUAAGUUGAUCAUGUCGGUGAAGCUGGUAAUGAUGACCUGUGUCCUCAUACAGUCAGUCUAGAAUAUCUUGAUGAGCAUCCCCACAUGUCGUCAGGUGCAUCACGUCUUGCCACAUCUGUCUGCCUACUGACAAUGGAUGCCACGGUCAUGUCAUUCUAUGUGGUAAAGGGUGUUUUUAUCAGCAUUAAUAAAGUUUUAUAUUCA